AUGGGGAAAUUCCGAAGUAUCCUUCUUUUGUGCCUUGGCUUUCUUCUAGUCCAUGUAAGAGGUCAACGUGAUUUUGAUUUAGCCGAUGCUCUUGAUCACCCAGAGGACAUAAUUACCAGGAAGCCUACAGUGAUCAGAAGACCGACAAGGCCUGUGCUGAACAAUGAUCUGCAUUUAGGAGAUGCUCUUGGUGACGGUGACAUCCCAAGAAAACCUUUAUACCCGCCUCUUCCACCACGACCAGGAAGCCAUAGUAAUUCUGGAGGUUUUGAUGACUCAGAUCUCCUUGAUGGGAAGCCUUUACCACCACACAUAACAGGAGGACAGGAGCAUCAUUUCAAUCAUGGAGGAAACACGGAUUCAGGAUUAAUAGCUGGAGUUACAUCUCCUAUAAUUUCUGCUUUUGUAAUAUUAAUUGUUGGAUCGAUAGUGGCCUACUCCGCUUAUAAGAACAAGAGACUUUGUUUCAAACCACAUG